AUGUUUGUCUAUUUCGAAGAUACUUCACGAUUGCCGAAACCGGGCGAAGCGGACGGAGUCGACUAUCAUUUCCUCAAUCGACAGCAGAUUGAACGCGAUAUCGACGAUGGCCUUUUUGUAGAAUUCGGUGAAUACAAGGGGAACUUGUACGGGACGGCCAAUCGAAGUAUCAAGGAAAUUAUCGAACUCGGUUACACUUACAUCCUGAAUCCGCAUCAUCAGGCAUUGAAAACAUUGAGGACUGGCGAAUUCAAGCCGCACGUUCAUUACGGCCACCUCUUUGACGACGUUAUCGUCAAUGGCGACCUGUCGACGGCGUAA